UUUUAAGAUGCAGCGACAGAUGACAGUGACUAAUAAAGAAUUUCGGUUAUCGGUUGUCAUUAUUUAUUUAUUAAAAUUAGACAUUCAUUAUCGUAUUCAGAUAACUAGCCUGUAUUAAUUUCGAUAAAUCUUAUUAUAAAGUAUACAAAUAUAUCGAAGUAAUUCGUUGUAAAUAUUUUGGUCGAUGAAUGUUUAGCUUGCGGUAGGUAUUGGUUUUUCGGCCGCUGGGAAGUGUAAUUUGCUAGAUAAACUAAUAAGUAUGGCCGAACAAGGUGAAAAUAUGAAUAAAACUGAUACUGCUCCAGAACCGAAUCAAGACGAAUUAAUAUUAGCUCAGCAACGCCAAAUUGAAAAAGAGAUUUCAGAUUCAAUUCCUCUAGUAGGAGAUAAAGAACCGAUAACUUCUUUAAAUAAUGAAUACUCCGCAGACAACAUAUAUCUAGAAAAAAUUAUAGAUCUCUCUAAAAAGUAUAAAUAUAUCAGAAGAACUCGACCGGAUGGGAAUUGCUUUUUUAGAGCAUUUAGCUAUGCGAAUAUUGAAAGACUGCUUGGUAAACCUGACGAAUUCGAGGCUUUUUAUAAAAUUGCGGAAAGUAGUAAAGAUGAUCUGGUUAAACUGGGAUUUCAGCAAUUUACAGUUGAAGACUUUUAUGACACUUACAUGGAGGUGCUAAAAAGACUAAAAAAUAUCGAAAAUCUGAAUGAUGCACUAAAAGAACUGCAUGUAAUAUUUAACGAGCAGGGUUUCUCUGAUUACAUGGUAGUUUAUCUUAGACUUCUUACUAGUGGACAAUUACAGAAGGAACAUGAUUUCUAUAGCUGUUUUAUUGAAGGAGACAGGACUGUAGCAGAUUUUUGCCAUCAAGAAGUAGAACCGAUGUAUAAAGAAAGCGAUCACAUUCAUAUCAUCGCCGGUUGCGCGGCUCUACAAACGUGCGUCAAAGUUAUCUACAUGGAUCGAGGUAUCGGGAAAGCUUGCACUGAACACGACCUCCCUGAGGGCUCCGCACCGACAAUUCAUCUUUUAUACCGUCCCGGACAUUACGAUAUUUUGUAUCAAUAAUAUGUGUAGCAUGGAUUGUUUUUUAUAUAAUAAAAAUUAUCGUUAAAAAAGAUGGGAAG